CAGAACAAACGUUUUUAUGUAUUUAUAACUUUCCAAUAUUUUGCUGACUUAUGGUUUAGUGACCUUUACUCUUUUUUAUUUUAGCUGAACAAUCUUUGGUGCGAAGUGGAAUCCGCUGCUGCUGAUUGGUCCGAGCCAGAACCAGUGUUCGCUCCGCCUUCUCGGCAGUCUCCGGCGCUGCGCUUUAAAUAGCAGCUGUUUAAAAGCGCCUCACCAUUCCCCCCUGUCUGCCGCGCAGCACGCAGCUCCACGCACAGCCUCGACCUCUCACUCAUUCACCGAUUCCUCUAAUAUUGACGUCGUCCCCGCAAUGUCGGCCGCCAGCACCGAAACUAGUGCCUCGCUGCCCAGCGCCGGCAGCCGCGUCUUCUUCCAGGGCGCCCCCGGCGUGGGCUGCGUGGGCUCCGUGGGCUCCGGCCCCAUCACCGGGGUCGAUCCGGUCCAGAAGAAACAGGGGAAAGUGACGGUCAAGUACGACAGGAAGGAGCUGCGGAAAAGACUGAUCCUCGAGGAGUGGAUCAUCGAGCAGCUCAGCGACUUGUACGACUGCGAGGAGGAGGAGAUGCCCGAGGUAGAGAUAGACAUCGAUGACCUGCUGGAGAUUAACAGUGAUGAUGAGAGAGCCAGCAAACUGCAGGAAUCCCUAAUAGACUGCUACAAACCAACAGAGGACUUUGUCCGUGAGUUGCUGGGCAGGAUAAGAGGAAUGACGAAACUCAGCGCACCAACGAAGAAGAGCCUAUAAUGGCCGUGACACGACCGCCGCCAUCUCCGCUCCGCCGACCCAACCCACCCAACAUGGACUGUCAUGAGAAACAUUAGUAACCGCUUUGCGCCAUCAGAUCCACCCAUACGCUCAUUACAAACACAUAGAAGAAUAACGUAUAUUAUAAUAUUUGACUGUUGAAGGGCACGUAGGCCAAACCGAGCCACUCUGUGUGGGUAGAAUACAGCCACAAUUAAGUGUCAGGCCCUGCAACGUGCCACCGCUCUGCUUUAACGCCGUCCCCACCCGAUCCGCAUUCUGGAGCCAUGCUAACACUUUUUGAGCUGACGCUGUAAAGCCAGCGGCCAUAGAGACUAAAACACCAUCAAAUCCCAAGAAAAGACGCGGUGAGAUAAUGUAUGUACUGCUGUAGGUGUGAAACUAGCUGUAGCACUAUGUAAACAGUGCUUCAUGAUUUACUCAUUUCUACUGAGGUGUUUUUGCUGUUACUUCCUUUUUUUUAAAUGUACUGUAUGUUGCCAUUACUAUCAUGUGGGUGAAACGUGGCUCUGCGGCGUUUCUCUUGUUUUGUAAAGUCUGCCGCCUCAUCCUCGAAUAUAAGGGAGCUCCUGUUUUAGUUCAAGCACAAGGUGUUCGCGCAUCAGCUCAAACUCAAAAUGAGGAGGCGCUUUAGCCAAACGGGCUAACGUCGCGCGGCUGUUUUAGCGCUCACGUUUUUUUUUUUUUUUUUUCUUUAGCAAUGCAUGAUGGGAGUUGCCGUUCUCCUCAUCGGGAGACUGCAAAACCUGUAUGAUUAGCACUCGUCACGUUAUGCAGUGUUCCUCGUCAGAAUACAUAUCAGUUGGUUGUUUAGGUUUAAGCACAAAACCCGAACACUGCAGUUGUUUCUCUCACUGAUUCUGUUAACGCGUCCCUCGAUUAGUGGGUUAGUGUUGCCUUCAAAGACUUUCAGGAUCAGUUCGCAUUUACACUUGACCUUAACUCCUGGCAGCCUACUUUGACCCCUCCACCUGUCAAGGGAAGGUGUGCCAAACCUGGAAGUAUUCCUUUAGCUUUAGCUAUUAGCUAUUAGCUUUAACUUUAUUGAUCAUCUAGUAGACGUGUCAUUCUAAGACUGAACUGCAGAAUCCCAGGUGCAGGAGCUAGUUUGAGUAACUUAUUGUUGUUGCUGUAACACGCUGUGAGCUCCGGUACCAUUAAUCUCUCCCUUCCGAGCAGUCGCGAACCGAUCGGACCGGAGUGGACCGGAACCUGCCGCGUGACGCGUAGACUUCACACCCUCGGCCGCCAAAGACAAAAGCAGGGCCUCGUUCGGUUUUUGGCGCAACACUCGCAAAGCACCGGCCUUGCAUGCAAACAGCAGAGGAAACAAUAAAGAGUAGAAAUAUUAUGAACUCGUAAUCAAGCAAAAAAUACUUUUUUGACUUCGCUACCACGUAUGACUUUGUAGAACUUUUUGUGUUGAGUCAACGUGACUGUCACGUUGGAGGGAAUCCAGGAAAUUACUUUAAAAAAAUGGUGCUGUUUUUGAUGUUCUUCCCAGGUUUUGGUUGUAUAAAAGACAUUUUCACUGUCAACUGAUGUGCGAGAAAGAGAAAUGUGUCUGGAAGAAGCGUGUCUUUAUAGAGUAGAUGGAGUUCUUUGCAUUUCCUUCCCUCCCGUGGAAACUGGGAGAGGUUGAGAAAGCCCAGCUACAGUAGCAAUGGUUGCUUGUGUUGAAAAGGUGGAGUGUGUUCCAGAGGACGGGUCACUGUGAGGAGGAGGAGGCCGUUAUAGAUCAAGAAGGAUGCACCCGUUCGUGUUGAGGUACUUUUUAGGAUUUUCUCUGUCAAGAAAAAGUUCAGGGGCACUAUAGGCUGAUAUUUUAUAAUUUAUGGGAUUUCAUGUGAAGAGUAUUUUGACAGCGUCCAUGUUAGAAAGCUUUACGUUUGCAUGUAUUUUUAAAGCAGCAUGUUGAGGCGAGUAGGAUUUUCUUGGCCCGGACGUUUUUAUUUCACUAGAUGAAACACUUACAUUUUUAUACCUUUUACCCAUUUAUUACAAUGAAAAUGUUGAGUUUUUCAGCAGCUGGUUUGUUUUUCUCUACAUCCACACUAGGCUUUCUCGUUUUUAGACUGUAAUGUGGUUGUCUUGGUUUGUUUUUGCUGAUAAUAAAAAAAAAAAAAUGCUGAGUGAUUCUUUACUGUUCAAA